AGACAACAAAACAAGUAGACAUUAUCAUUAUUAUUAUUGUUACGGAACUUGAGCCGAUCAAAUUGGAAUUUCACGUAUGGCCCUCCAGGAAGAGUUUGCCACGGUGUUAGUGACUGUGAAGACAGGAGUAUUUGAAGGGUUGUACUUUUUCAUAAUUGGCAAAAACAAAUAUGCUUUCAAAGUAGUAGUAGUAAUUGUUCUUAUUAAAAUACAACUUCAAGGAAUAUACAAAAAGGAAUGUACUAAAACUCACGGGGCUGAAUAUCCCUUGAGCUGAAAAGAGUUUUCCUUCAGAACGUUAACAAUCACCAGGCUGCCAAAUUUCAUCCUUCCCCAACAAGGAGCUGACACAUAUUCCUUCAUUACUGCAUGUGCAGUAGCAAUUCUUCUACUAAGAAACCUCUAAUGGCAAAGAAACGAUGCUAGCUGUGCACUUUGACCAACCAGGAGGACCUGAAAAUCUUUAUUUGAAAACAGUGGCCAAACCAUCUCCAGGAGAAGGUGAAAUCCUCGUGAAGGUUCACGCCAGUGCUCUGAACAGGGCAGACUUACUUCAGAGAAAGGGCCUGUAUCCUCCACCCGAAGGAGCAAGUGAAAUUUUGGGACUGGAAGCUUCCGGCCUCGUGGCCGAAGCGGGGCCCGGCUGCCGGGGGCGAUGGAAGCGAGGCGAUCGGGUCAUGGCCCUCCUGGCCGGGGGCGGCCAGGCCGAGUAUGUCCCGGUCCCGGAAGGACUGCUCAUGCCCGUCCCCGGCGGCCUGUCGUUCCCCGAGGCGGCGGCCAUCCCGGAGGCCUGGAUCACGGCCUUCCAACUGCUGCAUCUCUUAGGCGGAGUGAAGGUCGGAGAGACGGUGCUCAUCCACGCAGGAAGCAGCGGAGUCGGCACCGCUGCCGUCCAACUGAGCCGCCUGGCCGGAGCGAUCCCCCUGGUCACGUGUGGGUCGCUUGAGAAAGUCCAGUUUGCCAAGAAGCUUGGAGCGGCUGCCGGCUUUAAUUACAAGGAGGAGGACUUCGCCCGAGGGGUCCUGAACUUCACCAAAGGGGCUGGGGUCAAUGUUAUCCUGGAUUGCGUCGGCGGAUCCUACUGGGAAAAGAACCUCAGCUGUCUGGCGACUGACGGUCGGUGGAUCCUGUACGGGCUGCUGGGCGGAGGAGAAGUCCAGGGGCAGCUGCUUUCCAAACUACUCCAUAAACGGGGAAGCCUCAUCACCAGUGUGCUCAGACCCCGGGAUAAGAAGUAUAAAGAGGAAUUAGUGAGAGCUUUCACGGAGCGCAUCCUGCCGCAUUUCUCCCCACCUGGAGAAAGCCCCCGCCACCUGGCACCGGUCAUCGAUAGAGUUUUCCCACUGGACAAGAUCGGGGAAGCUCACAGACACAUGGAGGGCAACGGGAACAUCGGCAAAAUCGUCUUGGAAAUGCCUCUACCACCUUGAGGAGGGGAAAAGGUGCCAGGCCAGGCAGGAAGACCAAGAAGCUCAAAUCUGGGGUAAUUGAUCUCAAGAAAACUACUUCAUUUGGGGAGGGGAAAUAGCUUUGUUUUAUAAGCUCUGAAAAAUAAAAGCCACUAUAAGCUCCUUGAGGGCAGGGAAAAGUG